AUGUUUCUACAAGACGCACAGUCUCCAUCUAUCGAAGCUGAAUGUAAAAAGUCCGGGAUCGAAAUUGAAGAUAUUAAUAAACUAAGAAAAUGGCUCAACACCCAACCACACUUACCCGCUAAAUAUAUAACAGAUCUCGACCUCAUCCUUGUGUAUCACUCUUGCAACCAGAGCUCGGAGGUCGCUAAACAAGUACUUGAUCUCAAUUAUACGUUGCGUACGCUAUUCACGAACGUAUUCAAAAACAGGUGUUUGGAUGCUCGGACCCUGAACGCCUUGGACGUAGUAUUAACGACGCCUUUGGAGAUACGUUCGUAUGACCAUUCAGCCGUCUCCUACCAUCGCCUCAUUGAUUGCGAUACGAGGAAAUUCGUCUUAGAAGAUUGUGUAAGGGUGGCGUUGAUGCUCCUUGACAUAUGGCAAAGCAAAACGGGCACUUGGCCCGGUUUCGUCAUUGUCGUAGACCUGGAAGGCGUGACGCUCUCGCAUUUAGGCAAACUGGAUAUCACACACGUGCAACAGUUCAUAUAUUACUUACAGGAAGCGAUGUUUGUGAAACUAAAAGCGGUACACUUUCUGAAUGCGCCACCGUUUAUGGACAAACUUCUUAUGUUAAUUAAACCAUUCCUGAAAAAAGAACUUUUAAAUUGUUUGAUGAUUCAUAAGACUGGCUCACGGACUAUCGGUGAGCACCUGCCAAUUGAAGGUCUACCGAAAGAAGCUGGAGGACAGUACAAGACGUUUUCAAAAGCCAAAGAGGAUAUCCUUGCAUUAUUAAAAGCAAACGAAGAUUUCUUCAUAUCGGAGGGCAAGAAGAGAGUGGUAGAAUCUCUGAGACCGGAAAAACCGAAGAACAUUGCCGAUUUUUUUGGCGGCAUCGAGGGCUCUUUCAAAAAACUUGAUAUUGACUAA